AUGGCUUCGAAAUUUUAUUAUUUUGGUUUUGGCAGCAAUCUCUUGGCCAAACGAUUACACAUACAAAACCCCACAGCCAUACGAGUGGGUCCAGGGAAACUAGAGAAUUAUAGUUUAGAUUUUUAUUUCCCCUCCAAAAGAUGGAUGGGUGCGGCGGCCACAAUUGUACCCACCAAAAAUGAUCAUGUUUGGGGUGCCAUUUGGGAAAUUGAUGGCAGUGAUUUGGAGCAUUUAGACAAUCAAGAAGGUGUCCACGAAGGCAUUUAUACACCCAUCACGGUCGAUGUUUAUUGUCCACCUUUUAAUAAGCACAUUGAAUGCCGGGCAUAUCAUUUAUGUCGCCAACCGGAGGGCCAUUUAAAAUUGAUACCCAAUGAAAAGGUACCCACGGAGAGGCAACCAUCAUUGACAUAUCUAAAAACCUUGGUGAAAGGUGCCCAAGAGACGGGCAUCCCACUGGAUUAUGUCCAAUGGCUGAAACAGAUUCGUCACAAUUCCCAGGUGGCUGAAUAUUUUGAAAAGCAACUGGAUUUGGCGGAUGUGGUUUUGGAAUAA